CGGGACAGCGAUAAUUUAUGUCCUUUCGUUACGUACUGGACAUUUGCUGUCUGCAUACCAAUUGAUCCGCUGAAAGUUUGCGUUCAGAUAAGUUUCUUGGUUCGUGAGUCAGAGGGUAAUCAAGGUUACGAUCAACGCGGAAGCUUUGUGACCCGAAGACAUCCUUGGAGUCCGUUCACUUUCAUUUCUGAUGCAAGUAACAGUUUCAACGCUCUGUUCUUACUGGCAGUUGGCUCAAGACUUGUGAAGAGGUGACAGGAGGACUAAUUUGUUAGGGACCCUCUGAUCAAGUUUAGACGUGUUUCUGAUCGAACUGAUUCAGACAGGAUGGAGCGCUGGACCGACAAGGUCGCCGUGGUGACUGGCUCCAGUUCUGGAAUCGGAGCUGCCGUGUCACUGGAGCUGGUCAAACAUGGCAUGCAAGUUGCCGGACUUGCCAGGCGCAUCAGCAAGGUUCAGGAAUUGGCUGAUAGCUUAACUGGAGGUCCAGGGAAGCUGCUACCAAUCAGAUGUGACAUCUCUAAGGAAGAUGACAUUCUUUGCGCCUUUGCGGAAGUGAAGAAGAAACUGGGAGGAGUUGAUGUUCUCGUGAACAACGCGGGAGUGAUGUACGAGUCUCUGCUUUCAGAGGGCAGCAGUGACGAGUGGAGGAACAUGUUUGACGUGAACGUUCUGGGUUUGUCUGUCUGCACACGAGAGGCACUGAAAAUCAUGAGGGAACGGGACCUGAGCAGCGGACACAUUGUCCAUAUCAACAGCAUCGCGGGGCACUACGAUGUGUCAAUGCCAGGCUUCCACAUGUACUCCGCGACAAAGCACGCUGUCACGGCUUUGACCGAGGGGCUGAGAAGGGAGCUGGUGUCUCAGAACUCAAGGAUCCGCGUGACGAGCGUCAGUCCAGGAUUAGUAGACACGGAGAUGUUGCGAGCUGGGGCUAGGAAGUCGCUGAACACCGACGAGCUGUAUGCCCGAGUACCGAGUUUGAAACCCAGAGACGUCGCAGAUGCCGUCGUGUAUGUGCUGGCCGCUCCGCCCCAUGUGCAGAUUCACGAGCUGACAGUAAAGCCUGUCGGCGAAAUAAAUCUGUGAGGUCUGCUACAGCAGAGGAUUCUGUCAGAAGAAGUCGAAUAAUAAUAAUUGGUUUGUUUGUAUUUGCUGUCCAAUACAACGCACUUUCUGUUGUCUUUUGUUUCCACG